GUGGCAGACUAUGAAGAAACUAUAAAGAAAGCAAGAGAAGCAUGGAAAGUCUGGGCAGAGAUUCCUGCUCCAAAACGAGGAGAAAUAGUAAGACAAAUUGGUGAUGCCUUGCGGGAAAAGAUCCAAGCACUAGGAAGCCUGGUGUCUUUGGAGAUGGGGAAAAUCUUAGUGGAAGGUGUGGGAGAAGUUCAAGAGUACGUGGAUAUUUGUGAUUAUGCUGUUGGCUUAUCGCGGAUGAUUGGGGGACCCAUCUUGCCUUCUGAAAGACCUGGCCAUGCACUUGUUGAACAGUGGAAUCCCGUGGGCCUGGUUGGAAUCAUCACUGCGUUCAAUUUCCCUGUGGCGGUGUAUGGCUGGAACAAUGCCAUCUCAAUGGUCUGUGGGAAUGUCUGCCUUUGGAAAGGAGCUCCAACAACUUCCCUCAUUAGUGUAGCUGUCACAAAGAUAAUAGCCAAGGUUCUGGAGGACAACAAGCUGCCUGGUGCAAUUUGUUCCUUGACUUGUGGUGGAGCAGAUAUCGGCACAGCAAUGGCCAAAGACGAACGGGUGAACCUGCUGUCUUUCACCGGUAGUACUCAGGUGGGAAAACAGGUGGCUCUUAUGGUGCAGGAGAGGUUUGGGAGAAGUUUGUUAGAACUUGGAGGAAACAAUGCCAUUGUUGCUUUCGAGGAUGCGGACCUCAGCUUAGUGGUCCCGUCAGCUCUCUUUGCUGCCGUGGGGACAGCCGGCCAGAGGUGUACCACCGCGAGGCGACUGUUUUUACAUGAAAGCAUCUAUGAUGAAGUUGUAAAUAGACUUAAAAAGGCCUAUGCACAGAUCCGUGUUGGGAACCCAUGGGACUCUAAUGUUCUGUAUGGGCCGCUCCACACCAAACAGGCAGUGAAUAUGUUUCUUGGAGCAGUGGAAGAAGCAAAGAAAGAAGGUGGCACAGUGGUCUCUGGGGGCAAGGUUAUGGAUCGCCCUGGAAAUUACGUAGAACCAACAAUUGUGACAGGUCUUGCCCAUGAUGCAUCCAUUGUGCACACAGAGACUUUUGCUCCGAUUCUCUAUGUCUUUAAAUUCAAGAAUGAAGAUGAGGUCUUUGCAUGGAAUAAUGAAGUGAAACAGGGACUUUCAAGUAGCAUCUUUACCAAAGAUUUGGGCAGAAUUUUCCGCUGGCUUGGGUAUAAAUUUAUUUGCCUAUUUUGAAAAUUUAUGUAAGUCUGAUUUGUGUGGUGAGUAGACUUUAAAAACAAAUGAACCC